CGCGACGUGUCCGCUUCAUCAGUCGAUCGCGCGGCGCGGCGGUACGCUCAGGUACAUAUCAGUUUGAUAGUGUCAUUCGUGGUCGCCGGCCACUUGUCGCGCUCUCGGAAGUAAGCGAUUCUCGCAGAGCGACACCGACAAUAGCCGAGUUGCGACCAAGGCCCGACCGAACGAUCGCCGGUAACAGUAAUUGUCGACGAAAUACCGACGCGGGUCCUGCGUGUUAAUAAGGUGCAGAGAUCCAAGGACGAUAGACCGCCGACGAAGAAAGAGAGAGAGAGAGAGGGAGAGAGAGAGAGAGAGAGAGAGAGAGAGAGAGAGACAUGCAAUCACGACGACCCGACGCGACGCUCGGUCACCAGCUGCUACACUCGGCCGCGGAAACGCUGCUUUUCGCGAUCAUCUGCGGCGAGCUCGUCCUGGGCCCGACCUGCGCUCAGUAUCACGAUGUUCCUGGUGACAUAGUCUUCCCCGGGCCGAUCGGCUCGAGAUCAAGGGACCAGUCCGCGGCGGGCUCCGCGGAUGACAAGGAGGGACUGAUAUCGCUCGAAUUAGCUUCUAGGUUAAACUCUAUAGACACGUCGGAGGAAUUUCUGCAGUUGCUUCAAGGCGUUCCGGAGAACGAAAGGAGUCCCUCGUUAACUAGUAGAUUCGGCGAGGGCGAAGAACGAUCGAACGCGAUGAAGACGCAGCCGGCUAAGUGCAUACCCGAACUGCAACCUGUUUCCUUGAAACUGAACAACGAACCUGGAACCAUCGUGUAUCCGCCCUGCACGCGAAUCAAAAGAUGCGGCGGCUGUUGCAGCAGCUCUCUGUUGUCUUGCCAACCGACGGCCUCGGAAACGCGAAACUUCGAGGUGAUCGUGUCGACGAUGUCGCUACACUACCGAGGUCGGCAAAUCGUGCCUCUGGAGGAGCACACGGCGUGCAAGUGCGACUGCAGAAUCAAGGAGGAGGAUUGUAACGAGAAGCAGCAUUACGAACGGGCUAACUGCAUGUGUGUGUGCGACAAUGUCGACGAGGCGGAGAAGUGCAGGCGGAACAACAACAUUAAAAUCUGGGACCCGGAGGUGUGCGUCUGCUCGUGCAGGAACAUCGAAAUGUGCAACACCGGCUACUACUUCGACCACAACACGUGCAGGUGUGAGCUGACAGAAUGUCGACAGAUAAUGUUCUCUAGACCGCUAAACAGAUUCGAAACUACGAAAGCUUCGAAUUACAAUUUUGAUAACGCCCAACGACCGGAAAAUGUACCGCCCGUGAUAAUCCCAUUGGACGCAUCGGAUCCCAGAAGAAAGCACAAGGAAGAUCCGGAAUACAAGUGAUACGAGAAUUCAGACGGACGCUCACGGACUACAAGACUGCUAAGACGCAUCUACGCUCCGUUGUUAGUCUCUUUAUCAUCAGAGUUGGGCAGAUAUAAUUUCGAGUAACGAAAUUAUAAUUAACGAAUUCAAUAUCUCUCUCUCUCUCUCUUUCCCCCUUCCUCUGAAGAUUUAUCCCAGGCAGAGCAGAAAAUCAUAAUGACAUCAAAAUGACAUCAAAAUGGAAACUUUUUUUCAUCACGAUUCGAUCAUUUUCUCAUAAUUUUGAUGUCAUUUUGAUGCCAUCAUGACUUCAGAUCGAAAUAACGAACAGAUUCGUGUUUUUAUUUUACGCACGCGC